GCACACGUGACCCGCGGCAGCAACUCGUGACCCGCGGCCGCAUCAACCGAGCAGACGGAAGCUUCUGGAAAUGCCCGUGUGUGUGUCCGGCGUGGAUGGAGGCGGCGUUUGGAUGUAGCCUGGAGGAGGAGAGUGCAUGCUGGCGAGAGGAAGCAUCAAAGGAGGAAGGGCGGAGGGAAGCAGCAACCAGCGGCCGGGGAAACCAUCGGACCAGUAUCAGGAAGGAAGCAGGGAGCAGCGAUGCGGUGACAGGAUGAGCGGCAACCACACACAAGCUUUCUCCCUGGCCCUCAUCGAUGCCGCCUUCGACAAGGACGAGGGGGUGCGGCAGGAGAUCGCACAGGCCUUGCGGGUACUGGGGGCACGACAUCCCCAGCUGGUACUGACCGCCUGCCAUGACUACCUCAGCAAGCACAGCAAGCUUGUACAGGUCCACCGUGUCAUCGUGCUGCACAGCAUGGAGGCCAUCGCCAAGGACAGCCUGGACCGCCUGGAGCAGCCCCUCGCCCGCAAGCUCAUCUCCCUCGCCUCCGACGAGAUGACCCGCUCCAAGGAUGUACAGGCGGAGUGGCAGGCCGCUGCCAGCCAGCUGCUGGUGGCUCUGGGCUGCAGGUUCAUCAAUGAGGUGAUGGAGGACGUCCUGCAGAAGUUCCAGCCCGGAGUGCUGCCCCACCUCUACAUCGUCCACACCCUGGGUAACCUCUCCACGGCCAACGUGUACGGGAUGGUCCCCUUUCUGACGGCAAUCCUGGGAACGAUGCUGCCCAUGCUGGCAAUGGCCAAGCAAGACUCCAUGAAAUCAGUCUUCACCAUCGCUCUGGCCCACUUCAGUGAGAGCAUCUUGGAGUACCUGGCCAACCUGGACAAGGCCCCAGACCCCACCGUCAGGAAAGACGCCUUCUCUGCUGAGAUCUUCGCCUCCUACGACAUCCUCUUCAAUGGCUGGCUGCAGCACAAAGACCCCAAGCUGCGGAGCAGUGUGGUGGAGGCGGUGGGGCAGAUGUCACACCUGAUGCCCCACGACAAGCUGGAGGAACAGCUACCCAGGAUGAUCCCCGGCAUCCUCAACCUCUACCGCAAACACUCUGACCACCUCCACAUCACCCAGAGCCUGUGCCACGUGCUGGAUGCCGCUGUGGAGAUGGGCAGUCGUGUGCUGGAGACACAGAUCGACAAUCUGCUCAACACCCUGCACCCCCAGAUCUGCACUACCCUGGAUUACAACAACCACACGGCCGUCAAGAACCACAAUGAAGUUCUCCGCUGCUUCACCGUCUUGGCCUGCGCCUACACGGACAGACUGGUGGCCUUCCUGCUGCAGAAGCUGGAGGUCCACAACGAGAAGGUGCGCAUCGGCACGCUCACCCUGCUAAAGCACCUCGUCAACUCCACCGCAACUCAACUGGACAGCAAGAGGCUGCUGCUGCUGACCGGCAUGAAGCUGACCAUCCAGGACAACAACAACUACAAGGUGAGACAGAUGCUGGCCCAGGUGAUCAGUGCCAUGGCCCACCAUGACUACCUGGAGCUGGAGGGCGGUGAGGCCAUGGUGGAGUUUAUCAUCAGGCAGUGUGCCCUGCCCUGUCACCCGGAGAACCCAAAGCCUCGUACCUACGACCCAGAGGAGGUGACGGAGGAGGGACUGAGGGACAUGUGUGACAACAUCCUCAACCUGCUCACCACCACCGUCAAGAGGAUGCAGGAGGUCCUGUGGCCCUUCCUCCUGGAGUUUGUGAUGCCCGUGCAGUACUUGAAUGCCCUGGCCCCUGUGUGUCGCAGCCUGGCCUACCUGGGUACAAAGAGGCAGCAGGCGGGCAGCACGGAGGUCCUGCUGGACUAUGUGGGGAGAGAUCUGCCAACACCUCACGCCUUGCUGACCCGCCUCUUGGUGCUGUCAUCGUUCCCGUACCGCGGGAGAGGUCGAGGGGUCCCGGCACUGCGGCUGCUGCAGGCCAUGUCUGCGCUCAUACACCCCCAGCUGGGGAGGGUGUGGGACGACGAGCUGCCCCCUCUCAUCCAGCACCUGGAAGAGAAUUCCGAGGAAACCUUAGCUCAGAGACAGUGGGAGGAUAAACUGCUGCUGCUCCUGUCCCGGAGCCUGGAGACGGUGACUGCCUGCGAUGAGGGCUGGAGCUGCCAGCUAAGCGAGGAGAUGAGCCGACACCUCCACCACUACAACAGCUUCCCCCAGGAGAAGGGGUUCCUGUACAAGUGUGCGGGGGUGGUGCUGCGUCAGAUCCCCAACAGCGAUGUGGUGAGGAAACAACUGAUGGAGCUGCUGCAGAGUGUGAGGCACCCGGAGAUCCUGGAGAGGGAGGGAAUUGCUGUCUGCGUGGGCUUCUGUGCCACAACACACCUCGAUGACACCCUCAGCAAACUGCAGGACUUCGGCAAGUCCGACAUCCUCAAGAAGUCUCCCAGUCUCUUCCACAUCCUUAAGGACAAGUCUGACGUGGAGCUGGAGAAGGCCAAGAGCACGGUGAUCCUGUGCUACGGGUACCUGACCCUGCACGCACCCGAGGACCAGAUCCUGGCCAGGGUGGAGAAGGACGUGGUCAAGCAUGUCCUCGCCCACUUCAACACCAAGGUAAGGAAUCGGCAGCUCACCAUCCCCCACCUCCCGCCCGUGACUCCACGCACGCCAAACCAGCCGGCACAUUGUGGCACAGUCACUCUUCCCUCUCCUCCCCGCUUCCCCACCCCUCCGAAGGAAUUCCACCAGGAUAUCAGUCUGGGAUCGUGCCUCAUCCCACCUCACCCUGUAUCCAUGCAUCUCUCCCGAGAAGGAAUUCCACCGGGAGCCUCAGUCUGGGAUCGUGCCUUGUCCCAGCUCACCCAGUGUUCAGUGAAAGAUGAGGACCGGGUGCGAUCGGCAGCCUUCACGGUUUUCGGGAACCUGUCCCGGGUUGGGGAUGGAGAGUCGAAGGCAGACUUCCUGGAGCAGGUGCACUCCAGCAUGGUCAGCCUGCUGCUGCACCUCAACGACACCAGCCACCAGGUGGUCAAGUCGUGUAAGUUUGCCCUGCGGUUGAUCGGGCCCCUCAUGGGUUCGGCGAACAUCAGCGCCAUGUUUCAGAAGCACCUGCUGGAGGAGGCACAGCUUCACUACGGCGAGUUCAUCAACGACCUGGCCAAGCACAUCAUCAACGAUUUCCCAGAGAAAAUUAACUUCUACAUCAUGGGAAAUGUCUCGUUCUUCAGAAGCACCAGGGCGGAGAUUCGCGGAAACGCUGCCAUGUUCACAGGGUUUUUGCUGGGGAACCUGUUGCAGGCCGAGCUUCAGUCCGUGUCCCUGGAGCACGUGUGCGGAGCCAUCAUCAUGCUGCUCAGGGAUGCCGUGCCCGCAGUGAGGAUCAAGGCAGCUGAGGCCCUCAGCCUGCUCCACGAGCUGUGACCGUACAGACAGACAGAGGGACGUUGGUGACCCGUGUGGGGAGGGGUGUUCAGACGGUUGUGGCCCAGACCAGAGAGUCCGGGGUGUUGGAGAAUGACCAAGCGUUGUAAUCCCGCCAGUGGUGGGGAUGGAGUUGUGUCCCCUUAACGGUUGUGUGUAGACCCAGUGGGCCGCAAGCGCUCUAUCCAUCUUGUAGCCCCCCCGGGCAGUCAUUGUGAGAUGUGCUGUACCCUCGCUGUCUGACCUCACCCCCCCCCCCCCCCCCCUCUCUCCCCCUGCCCGCCCAUGGCUCCCAGUGUAGUCCGUGGAGCAUCAAGUGUCGGUCUGUCCCACAGGCCACGGUGUGUGUGACGGGGCCUCUACCCCUCCUCUCUCACCGUGCCUGUCCAGGUUGUGCACCAACUCUGCCCCCCCCACCCCGCUGCUGUGACAUUAGUUAAAGCCCCCUCACCCCCCCCACUGUGCCGUGACCCUCGUUGCCUGUGUAAUGCCUGAAAUGCUGCUGUUGUUCUGUUUGCGGGCGAUGCUGACACAAUCCUGUAUCGCACGGCUCUACGGUGACCUCACGGGCUGGCACUGGGGCCCAGGGAACCCACCUGCCCACGACUCACCCACUGGGAAACCCAUGGGCAAUGUAGACUGGGCUCACAAACCAGUUCACCCCUAAUCAAUGGUGACUGGUGCCCAAGGCUCAUCCACCAGGGAACCCAUGGCCAAUGUAGACUGGGGCUUCAGCAGCCUCUGACUCGGGUCCACUGCUCGCAGGCUGCUGCCGGCUGCAAUGUGGUUGAGUAGCUGGAUGUCCCCGGGAGGCCAGUAGCCGGGGCCGAGAUCAUGGGGCACGCCCUAUGCUUCAUGCCCUGGGAGCCUCCUCGCCCCAGACCCAUCACCUGCCACCAGGCCUCUCCUACCUGGACUCCCCUCCAUGAGCAGCAGGCAAAUGUUGCUGGCUCCGACCCUGGGAGCCGUUACAAAUCACACACCUUCCAAUCACCCGCUACAGAAAUAUCUUUAAUAAUAACACGGCGGAUUGCUGCAUUACUGUAAAUCAAAGAGAAAAUAUGUGGGCCAAUGAUACAGAGGUUUAAUAUGUAUAUCUGCUCUAAAUAUAUCCAUUUCACAA